AUGCAUACGAAACGCUUCGAGCCAUACCAUCGACCUUCAAAACAUAUCAGGGCAUCGGAAAACUCAUCCACAGCACCUCUAGCGAAGACAAUGGCUGUAUAUUUUGACGAGUCUGAGGCCCCACAUCUUUCGAUUGUGGGAAAUGAUGUCUGGAUGGGAUCCGCAAUGUGUAUUGAUUCGCCUAACAAUCAUUCAACUGCCGGGAUGUCAGAAUGCCAGUGUGCGCUAAACAUGAACGUUGGCACUGCAGAUGAGGUUCCAACCCUCGCUGUCAUGCUACCAGCAGACAUCUCGAUGAUCGGUGUCACCGAUGACGUCACCAAAAAUCGGGCCACAAAGGACCAGUCAUCAAGUAAAAGAAAAGUUACUCAGCACUUGCACAAGACAGUACAGAACUGUAUCAAGUGUCACUGUAAGAUAGGGCAUCCCACUACUGAUUACUUGCGCAUGUGCAUUGAUACGGCGCUCCAAGCUGCGUUGGAGAGUGUAGAUAUCGAAGAUAUUAUGCUCGGUUGUGAUUUGAAAGCUGCUAAUCUCAUGAAAAAAAAUGCCGAAGGGAAACAAGAUAGCCUUAUAACCACGGAUCAUGCACCUGCUGUAACGCACAUCUUCAAUAGUGUGAAAUGCAGAUUGCUGUGCCUCGGAACAGCAUCAAACCCGACAUCUGAGGCUUCAGGGAUGAUGUACCGGGCAGGACCUCCUGGCAGCAUGCGGGUCUCGAUAAUACAAAAUGUUGAGCCGCACAAACAUGGAAUUUUCAAACAGAUAGUCUAUUCCAAAUGCAAAGAAGAACAAGCUAAGUCUGUCCCUCAUCCCUGGGCUAUCCUGGAGGAAGGGACGUGUGUUGUCAAUCUCCAUACUUCACCGCUGCCAAUUAUGAACCAUGGAACAGUUGCCAUCGCUGUUGUGCAACACUGCUCAGAAUAA